AUGUUCAAUCAUGCCGAGGAUAUUCCCUUCGCCGUGUGCGACCCGAGGACUAACAUCGAUCUCGCCGACGUUGUCUCGGUUGACCGCAUCACACACGAAGCAGCCAAGGAGGUCGCCUACUUUUCUUGGAAUCCUGCCCAUAGAUGGUACUGGAUGAGCAACCAGAGCCCUGACGAGAUUGUUAUCAUGACACAGUACGACACCCACCCGCCAGGUGGCUUUUUCAACAUUGUACCCCAUGCUGCAUUUCGAAAUGGAGCGGCUCGGCCCGGCUGCCCAACGCGGUACAGUGUCGAGGCGCGGUUCAUCGUACUGGAGCCCGCGCCGUAUCAGAAGGAUGGGCCUGGCCCUAACGGUCCGUUCCCAGAAGAAGGUCGACUUCAGCCGUGGAAGGAGUGGGUUACACCGCCUGGGCCGAAGUCUGUCCCCGCUCCCACCGCCGAUACAAGGCCAAUGUACUUCUAA